CUGCCAGUGCCGUCAUGCACUUCCUGGAUGAUGGGUUAUGUUUUGAUCCAAGCUGAGGCAACACAGACGAGACGACCUUGCCCUCUCAACCUGACGGGUGCCAGGUAUAAAUGAGAGGGCAGGCACCGGACCCUUCACUUGAUCCUCGUCACCCAGCGCAGCAUGUAUUCCCAGUGUGCUAUGUGCGUGUUCCUGGUGGCCUCGCUGGCAGCGGCGGCGCCCCAGAACUAUCCUUUCGGCCAGCCGGCCCAGACCUACCAGGCUACGGGGGUGCUGGAGCCCGAGUCUGCAGACCUUGGCUCAAAUGAGAGGAUCGUCGCCGCCACCAUCGACAUUCUGCCAGAAUUAGCCGAAGUCUUCGAGCGAAUUGGAGUGGAUGGUUUCAGCGACGGUGAGCGAGGCCAGAAGGCGAUGUUGGAGUUCUUGCCUCUCACACGCAAGCUCUUGAAGGCCAAGGCAGACGCUGAGGGCACUGAAGUAAGGAAGGAGGACCUGCAGAGAGUCAACGCCGCCGAGGCUGUCAUGCCCGCAGUCAACGACUUCGUUAACAGACUCAGAAAACUGAACGUGUAUGGAUCCAGUGAUGCUCAGCAGUAAGGAUAUCAGCUGGCUACGCCGUUCUUCACUCUAGAACUUACAUUAUACAAUAAAUACACAUAGUAUAAAUUAAAUACUUAAAUCAUAACUUAUAUGCAUAAUUCUAUUUAAUAUUUUCUAAAUAAACUUUGCAAGGAA